AUCAGGACGACAACUUCACACCGACAGAGAAGGAACAAGAUCACGAAUGGAUGGACGCUAGGCCCUAAGGCUUUAGACGUAUUCAGGUAGCAGAGGAUGGGUUUUUGUCUUCAUUGAAGAUGCUAGAUGUGGGGAAGUGGCCAAUUUUUGCCCUUUGCUCUCCAGAUGAAUUGAAGUUAAUUCGUCAGGCCUGUGUCUUUGGCAGUGCUGGCAAUGAAGUUCUAUACUCUACAGAAAAUGAUGAGGUCUUUGUGCUCGGCACCAACUGUAGCGGCUGCUUGGGAACAGGGGAUAUCUUGCACUCCCUCGAACCACGGCGGAUCGAUCACUUAUGCGGCAAAAAAAUAGUCUGCUUGAGCUAUGGGAGCGGCCCUCACGUCGUCAUCGCGACAGAUGAAGGAGAAGUGUAUACCUGGGGCCAUAAUACUUACGGCCAGUUGGGCAAUGGAACAACUAACCAUGGUUUAGUACCCACCCAUAUCUCUACCAAUAUUGGAAACAGGAAAAUUAUUGAAGUGGCCUGUGGAUCUCACCAUUCCUUGGUACUGACAUCUGAUGGCGAGGUGUUUGCCUGGGGUUAUAAUAACUCGGGACAGGUCGGCUCUGGCUCCACCGCCAACCAGCCCAUUCCUCGAAAAGUUACAGGCUGCUUACAGAACAAGAUGGUCACCACCAUCGCGUGUGGCCAGAUGUGCUCCAUGGCUGUGGUGGAGAGUGGUGAGGUGUACGUCUGGGGAUACAAUGGAAACGGGCAGCUGGGCCUGGGCAGCAGCGGCAAUCAGGCGACGCCCUGUAGAAUCGCAGCUCUCCAAGGCAUUCGGGUGCACAAGAUCGUCUGCGGCUACGCACAUACCUUAGUGCUAACGGACGAAGGUCAGCUGUAUGCCUGGGGAGCCAACUCGUACGGCCAGUUGGGCACCGGCAAUAAAAGUAACCAGUCUUACCCUACUCCGGUCAAUGUGGAAAAGGACAGAGUGAUCGAGGUCGCCGCCUGCCACUCUGCCCACACCUCCGCGGCCAAGACCCAGAGCGGCCACAUCUACAUGUGGGGCCAGUGCCGGGGCCAGUCAGUGACCAUCCCACACCUCACCCACUUCUCCUGCACGGACGACGUGUUCGCCUGCUUUGCCACCCCGGCCGUGUCGUGGCGCCUCCUCUCCGUCGAGCCGGAUGACCACCUCACGGUCGCGCAGUCACUAAAGAAAGAGUUUGAUAACCCUGAGACGGCGGACUUGAAGUUUCUGGUGGAUGGAAAAUAUAUUUACGUGCAUAAGGUCCUUCUCAAAAUUAGGUGUGAACAUUUUCGUUCUGUAUUGAAUGGCAAUGAGGAUGACAUUGUAGAGAUGGAUGAGUUUUCCUAUCCUGUUUACCGAGCCUUUCUGGAGUACCUGUACACAGACUCCAUCAACCUCUGUCCAGAGGAUGCAAUAGGGCUGCUGGACCUGGCUACGUUCUAUAGGGACAACCGAUUGAAAAAGCUCUGCCAGCAAACUAUCAAGCAAGGGAUCUGUGAGGACAACGCCAUCGCCCUGCUUUCAGCCGCCGUGAAGUACGAAGCGCAGGAUUUAGAGGAAUUCUGCUUCCGAUUUUGCAUCAAUCAUUUGACUGUAGUUACACAAACUUCAGGCUUUGCAGAAAUGGACCAUGACCUUCUGAAGAACUUCAUCAGUAAGGCAAGCCGAGUUGGAGCCUUUAAAAAUUAAUCAACAGCUACAGCCAAGAAAGGGACUCUGGUCCCUUCCAAUUCCUGUCCAAAAGCUUGAGAAGAACAGCUUUCACUUAAUUAAUGGCUUGAUCAGUUACCCCUAGCAGAGAACCCAUCUUCUGAGGACUGACAUGCAGUGGGAGUCAACUCUUUUCUAUCAAUUAUCUGCCCAGAGUCCAAAGUUUACAUAGAAAGUAAAAAAUGAGUCAAUGCUAUCAUUUCAGCCCCAGGCUCAAGCUCCAUACGUUACAAACCCCUUAUGAGCUUUUCCACUUUACUUUUCAAGUCACUUCAGACAGAACACCUUUAUGUUUGAGGCUUUUUUGCAAUGACAGCCUCAGGUCAUAGGAUUUUGUGCAAGAAGUUCUAUUCUUCUGGUUGACAUCAUCGUGAUAGCUUACCAGGGACAGAGUGGUUUGCUUUCUAUUCUCAUUAGGCCCAAAGUUGGGGUUCUAAUGACAGCUACUACAGAGUCACUCAGAAUAAAACAAUUAGAAAAAGUGGUCUCUUUUAGAGACAAUUAGAAAACAGUUCUGGUCAGGAGUGAAGUUCCUCUGGUACAGUCUUCUGAGAGAUAAUGACUAAUUUGCUAACAUUCAUUAACCUUCAUAAAGGCUGUGCCAGUGACAGACUCAAAGGCCCAAGGGUUGAUUUUAUUGCGUAGCCUUUUUUUUUUUUUAACUGGGUCAUGAAUUUCUCAUAUGGGGUUAUUAAAAAUGAAGCCUUGAUUCUGAAUGAAUGUUAUUUGGAGCUCAUCUGCCUUACAUAACAACAAAAGUAUCUUUUGCUUCUCUUUGGGUUCACAGAGUGUUCUUCCCAGCAUAAUGAUGGUUAUUUUGUAUAUUUUUUAAGACUGAAACAGGUCAGUCAUACUGGAACCAAAAAUUAGACUGGAACUUUAAGCAAAUUAAGCCAAUACUCAUUUUAAUGGAAAUGAUUGACAUGAUAGAUUUUCAGGUUCCAGUUCAAAUGAUCUAAUUGCAGAAGUGAAACUCAAAUGAAAACUAACAAAGAACUAGAAAAAAGUACAGAUCCCAAUGCCACAUUCUGUAAAGGGAAACAAUUUAGAAUUAGAAAUCGCAACCUCUACUGAUCCAAUAUUGGCUAAGAAAGUGCUUAUCUACAGAUAAUAGUAGAACAAAUGUUUUUUCGCCCAAGAAGAGGAAAAAUGAAAAAUACUAGCAAUUCUUUGCCUCUUACAUGCAAAUAAAUCCAUGUGGUAUAUGA